AGUCGGGAAAACUUCCCGUUGACAACCAGGAGCAGCUUUGCAGUUACUAGGCAGCUAUUUGAACGCUACGGCAAAUACCAUCUCUCUAUAUCGUGUGACAAGACGGUUACCUCGCAACACUAGUGUUGUUUAUAAGCUAACGGGUUAGCAGAAGGCUAGCUGGUGGAGAUUGUUUCUUUGGAAUAUUGGAACAGUGUGAAAAUGAGUGAACAGCUGAAAUUCAUAGUGGAACAGCUCAACCGAGAGCCUUUCAAGAAGAGCUUUAACUUAAUUACGUUUGACUCGCUAGAACCUAUGCAGCUUCUGCAAAUUCUCAAUGAUGUUCUGGCUGAAAUCGAUUCCAAGCAAGCAAUUGAUAUUCGAGAAGAAAUGCCUGAGCAGACAGCCAAAAGGAUGUUUACUUUGCUUGGGAUGUUGAAAUAUAAACCACAUGGUGGCCUAUCUGAUGCGAGCACUUUUCGGCAGGGUCUGGUUAUGGGCAGUAAGCCGGUGGUUCACCCCAUUCUGUUCUGGCUGCUGCAGAGGGUUCCUGAGCUGAAGAAGAGGGCAUAUCUAGCUAGAUUUCUUGUGAAGUUGGAUGUGCCCAGUGAGUUCCUGUCUGAUGAGGUCAUUGCUGAAACGCACUGCCAGUAUGAGGAGUUGGUAGAUGGAUUCAAGAAUUACCAUAAAGAGUGUGAACAGCUAAGGAACUCCAGGUUUUCUACAGCUGAAAUUCGACGGGAUAUUUCAGCCAUGGAAGAAGAGAAAGAUCAGCUGAUUAAACGUGUGGAGCGUCUAAAAAAGCGGGUGGAGUCUGUAUCAACACAUCAACGAAUGCUGGAACUGGCCAGACAACUUCGGGUCGAAAAGGAGAGACAAGAGUCGCUGGCACAUCAGAAACAGGAGCAGAAGAGCCAGCUAUUCCAGGCUGAGCAGAGACUGCAGAGAUGUCAGAUCCAGCUGAAAGACAUGCGACAGGCAGCAGCAGAUGCCAAACCGGAGAGCCUGGUGAAGAGACUGGAGGAGGAACUUAAGUUUAACUCCUACAUCAUGUCUGACAAGCUGCCCAAAGAGCUGGAGCGCAUUCGCCGCAAAAGCCACAACCUGCAGAAGGUGUCAUCAGAGCCAGCCAUGGGUCAGGCUGAGCUGGAUGAGCUGGAAGACAAGAUUAGAGAGCUCAGUCAGAUGAACCAGGCAAUAGAAAAGAAGAUGGCCAGGUCUGACCCAAUGGAUGAUAAUUUUACUUUGUAUAGACAGCAGGCCUCCAUCAUAGCGAGGAAAAAGGAGGUGAAGGCAGAGGAGUUGCAGGAGGCUCGAGAGGAGCUGUCUACCAUUACAAAGGAGCUAAAUGCUAAGGGUCAGGCUCUGGGACAGGGAGGACUUGAGAUUGUACGCCCAGACGAGUUCAAGCGCUAUGUUGCCAAGAUGCGUGGCAAGAGCAUCACAUAUAAAAAGAAGCGGCAAGAAAUGGCAGAGUUAAAGGCUGAAUCUGGUGUUCUGCAGAGGACAGAGGAGAUCCUGCGUCAGCGACACACCGCUAGCCAACAGCAGCUGCAAACCAUGGAGGCUCAGAGGGGGAUUUCAGGGUUUAGCGAGACACAGGAGGAACUGGAAAGAGUUUCAGCAAUCAAGAGUGAGCUGGACGAAAUGAAGGGUCGCACUCUAGAUGAUAUGUCUGGGAUGGUAAAGAAGCUCAAUGCAGCAAUAUCAGAGAAGAAAUCAGCUCUAUCUCCAUUAAUUAAGGAGUUAAGGCCUCUCCGGCAGCAGUGCCAGGAACUUACUCAGGAGCAUGAUGAGAAAAAAGCUCUGUAUGACACUUGUGCUGCUGGUCUGGAAAGCAACAGCUCCAAACUGAAUCAGGAAGUGAGGACCUUUCGAGAUGAGACAGCUCAGGAGGAGAAUCGAUACCACAACAUUAACUGCAUGAAAGAAAUUGCUGAGAAUCAUAUGCAGCGGGCGGCAGAUGAGAUGAAGGCCUAUGUGUCCUCUGAUCCACAGAUACGAAAAACAUCCAUCAGAGAGCAGUACAUGAAGAACAUAGCAGAGCAAGAAUCUUUGGGGAAGAAGCUUCGUGAGGAGCAGAAGCAGGUUAAAGAAAGCCAUGGGCCCAACAUGAAGCAGGUGCACAUGUGGAAAGAUCUGGAACAGCUGAUGGAGUGUAAGAAGCAGUGCUAUGCAAGAGCCCAGAGCCAGGCCUCCAUAGGCCAGGUCAUCCAGGAGAGUGGGAAGGACCGCUUGAUUCUUUAACGGACCCUCAUAUAUUGCUCUAAUUUUCCCAGCUUUUGUUGGCUUCUUUCUACUGCAUACUCAUAAACAGAAACUUCUAGUUUGUUUGUUUUAGUUCAUUGUCACCAAAUUAAGAAACAACUGGAACUGUUAAAAGAAAUUCAGUAUCAAUACAUCACAGCAUGAAAUAAAUGCUUGGAUUAAUGUU